AUGACCAUGUUGGCAGGGCUUGUGGCACUUGCUGCCCUUGUGGUGGUGCUGCUGUUACCAAUCUUAAAGGUGCAGUUUCAAACCAUUGGUCUGGAUGCGCAGAUUUCCAUUGUCAGCUUGGUGGUGUCCCUGUGGGCGCGGUUCCCCUUCGCUGCCAUUUCUUUGGCCAUUUUGCUGCUGCUCAUGCCAUGUCUCGACGUGGUGCUGGUGGUUCUUUUUCCUGGCUCCCCCGGUUGCCCUGGCGGUAUGGCCUCGAAGAUGCUACACGUUUCCACGGCUGGGGGGCGGCAGUUUGAUGUGGAGCUCGAGGAGGGCGAGACCAUUGCCACGUUGAAGAAGAAACUCUUUGAGCUCAUCAGGGAAUCAGAAGAGUGUCAGGCGGCGUCUUGUUCAGGGUUCAAACUCCUGCAUGGCUUAGACGCUCUGAGCGAUGACUGGGUCUUAGAGGAGCAUGGCAUCACAGAGAAAGAGCAGCUGACCUUGGUGAUAUCGCCCGGUCCUUCAGGUGAGUAUCACUUCGACUCCAGUCGCCUUGGGCGUCGCGAUGGGCCCGCGGGGCGGAACACCACGGCCAGCGUGAAGGCGGAGUUCCACGGUGGCACGGUAAACAUCAGUGUACAUGAAACAGAGAUUACGUCGUUAAUGCGUUAUCCGGACUCUGACCCCUACACUAUGGGAGAGAGGUUCGCUCAUGACUAUACCGCCAGGGUCACUUUCGACGAUGGUGAACAAGGAGGCCUUCGUUUGGAAGUUCUGGAGUGCAACCAGAAAGGUCUGAUCCGAAACCCAAAGCCUGAAGUUCUGAAGGCAAAAUUUCAAGAUGACGAAGUCAUGCUCGAACUGCCUUUUGCCGCUGGGGCUUGUAACGACGGGGUGGCUGGAUUGAAGUGGAUCACCAUGUCCAAGCUGACGGAUGAGGCGAAAGUGGAUCCCUUCGCUCCUCCGGAGGAAAGUGAUGAAGAGGAAGAUCUCUCCGGGCUGCCGGAGCCGGAGCCGCGGCGGCGAGGUCCACUGGAGCGGGCGAUGCGCUACGUCUUGCGCAAGUCAUAGCAGGUCAUUGUUCAGAUCGGUGAUUUGGUGCUGUUUUCAUCCUUUAAAUCGCCAUUUCAAUUCGAAGUUGGAGAAACUGAGCCAACACUGUACAGAGUGCCAGGAGAUGUGGGGAAAAUAUGGGAAAAUAGGUUGGCAGCAGACGGUGUUCAAGGUCCGUCCUCUGGAAAA